AUGCCACGCAUCUCGCCAUUCCGUCCACUCCUUCGGCUAGCAGCCGCACCUGUACCGGUCGCAUCCACAUCCUACCUGCCCGCGGCGCGCAUCCUCCCUCUCACCACCCGCACAUCUUCACCCUCUGCGAUCCUGCGCACGCGCACAUCUACACCUCUCCUCUCGUCAUCGAGCAGCUCCAUCCUCUCCCUCCUCUCUUCAAGACCGCAGUCUCUGACAGCAGCACCAGCGCUAGGCCAGACAAGGAGCGUCACCUACGGCUCGGAAUAUCAACCCUCGCAACGCAUCCGCAAGCGCCGACACGGGUUCCUGGUGCGCAACAGGACCAAGAACGGGAGGAAAACCAUCAUGAGGCGGCGAUUUAGGGGCAAGGCCAAGCUGAGUCAUUAG